AUGCUGUCCUCUCGCGCGUCCAUGGCUGUGAAGCCCGCCGUCACCGGCGCUCGCCUCUCCAUGGUGAGGCCCUCCCUGGCGAUCAGGUCCGUCAGGGCCCGCGCUGCCGCUCCUGGUGGUCUCGACACCGAGGAGCUCAAGGAGAAGGUCCAGGCCUUCGCUACUGACGCCACCGCGGCCAUCAAGGCACAGUGGGAGAAGACCGAGGACAAGCCUGCUGCUGUCGUGGUGGCCGUCGGCACCGUGGUGGCCGCAUCGUUCGCCCUGAAUGUUGUCAACACCGUCGACAAGAUCCCCGUGGUGUCGGACUUUGUUGAGCUCGUGGGCAUCGCCGUCACCGGCUGGUUCACCUACCGCUACCUCACCGUCGGCCCCGACAGGGACGAGCUGUUUGUGACCCUCAAGACCUGGUUCAACAAGGUCUACGGCAACAAGCUCUGA